GUUAUUAAACUGCUGGCUACAUUCCCGCAUUCUGGCAACGCCUCCAGCAUGUUUUGUUCAGCAAUACGUAACAUUUUAAGAAAUUCACUAAACGCGGCUGAAAACCGAGCAAUUACCUCUCAAAUACGGAAUCUGCGAGGACAACAAACCCGGCACGAGAUAGAAGUGUUAGCUUCACCGAGUAUAAGCAGCAAAGAUGAUGACAAGAAGAAAGAGUCUGCGGAACAUAAAGGUUCCAAAGAAGUGGCUCUGGAUUUCCGAAACCGGGAGGCCCAUGUGCCCUCCUUCAAUUUAGCGGCCUAUGUGAAUAACUCGAGUACCCUGCAGCAAUUUAUCAGUUUGGGAGUGAAUCUGCACAGUAUAGAAAGGCGAAAAGGAUUGGGGGACUUUGUGCUGAAGCUGGAUUUCGAGAAGAAUGUGAAACCCUACAUAACCUUCCUGGUGGACCAGGGCAUAUCACCCGAUGACUUCGCCAGGAUGUUCACCAAGAACCCGCUGCUGUUCAAGGAGGACUUGGAUGAUCUGCAGACCAGGGUGGACUAUCUGAAAAGCAAGAGAUUCUCGGACGAAGCCAGACAAAGGAUUCUCACCCACAAUCCUUAUUGGCUGAUGUUUUCCACCAGACGCGUGGAUCGUCGAUUGGGCUACUUCCAAAAGGAGUUCAAAUUAAGCGGCCAUGAUCUCCGACUCUUGGCCACCAGAGAACCCAAUGUCAUUACCUACAAUAUGGAGCACCUGCGGAAGUCUGUGUUCACCCUAAAGGAGGAAAUGGGAUUCAAUGCCAAAGAGCUAAGUGCUCUGGUGGUUCGAAAGCCCCGCUUAUUGAUGAUUUCUCCGGAUGAUCUUGUCGAGCGAUUUUGUUAUAUUCACCAAGAUAUGGGCCUUCCGCAUGCCCAGAUUGUGCAGUGCCCAGAACUUUUGGCGUCCCGCGAAUUUCGACUGCGGGAACGUCAUGAGUUCCUAAAAUUGCUUGGCAGAGCUCAAUAUGAUCCGCAAAAGGACCUGUAUAUAUCGCCAAAGACUAUAGUGGAAGGCAACAAUUUUUAUUUCAUCAGAAAUGUGGCUAAAAGUGAUUUGGAGACAUUUGAUUUGUUUUUGAAAACGAGAUGAGAAUAAAACGAAACACGAAAUAA